AAAAUUCUGGGCAAGUCUUGUUUUGCAAGACGCAUUUCCCCUUGACUUUUAUACGUCUUCCUUUUUCAAAGAAGUUUGCGCAUGCCCUCCAAGUGGGAGUGAAACGGCUUCGGCACUAUGACUGCCUCUGAGAGUCUCACAGUUGUGAUAAAAUUAGGCACGAGCUCUAUAGUAGACGAAAAGACUCAUGAGCCUAAUCUCUCAAUACUCACAUUAAUUGUUGAGGCCGCCGCGAGGCUUCAUAAAGAUGGACACAGAGUUGUGCUUGUCUCCUCGGGUGCCGUUGGGGUUGGGUUGCGGAGGAUGGAUGUAGACCGAAGGCCAAAAGAACUACCUCGCAUACAGGCAUUAGCAGCCGUCGGCCAGUGCAGACUCAUGAGUCUCUGGGAUAGCCUGUUCUCUCAUCUCCGUCUCCCUGUUGCGCAAAUCCUCCUGACGAGGAAUGACAUUGCAGAUACAACGCAAUAUAUAAAUGCCCAAAACACGUUCACUCAAUUGUUUGAUAUGGGAGUGAUCCCUAUAGUAAACGAAAAUGAUACCCUAGCUGUUUCUGAAAUCAAGUUCGGCGAUAAUGACACUUUGUCUGCCAUAACAGCGGCGAUGGUUAAAGCCGAUUACCUCUUUCUGAUGACUGAUGUUGAUUGUCUCUAUACUUCCAAUCCUCGUACAAAUCAAGACGCGCGACCUAUUGAGGUCGUUUCAGAUAUUUCUUCCUUAACAGCUGACGUGUCAUCUGCUGGAUCGUCUCUGGGAACCGGAGGGAUGAGCACUAAGAUCGUUGCCGCCAAACUGGCAACCAGCGCUGGCGUAACAACUGUUGUCACCAAAAGCUCGAAACCUGGGAAUGUCCAUGAUAUAGUGAAAUACCUCCAGAGCAUUGAAGGAAAUGCCUCGGCGGCCACUACAGGGACAACGUCACCGGGCGCUGAGAAUAAAGAAUUGGCAGAGACUCAGUCGCCGCCUCUUCACACGCGAUUUCUUCGUUCUGAAACCCCGAUUCAAUCUCGGUCCUUUUGGCUAUUGCAUGGGCUGAAACCACAUGGAACAGUGUUUAUCGACCAUGGUGCCUACAAUGCACUUCAGAACAAAGCGGGUCUCCUUCCAGCCGGGGUUGUGGCCGUCGACGGUCACUUUGCUCAACAGGAAGCAGUGCGAUUGAUAGUCGUCGGGAAACCUUCUCCGUCUGCUCUCAAUGGUGACUUCCCUCAUCAUGGAGAGGAACCGAAGGAAGUUGGUCGCGCCCUUGUUAACUAUGGGAGUGCUGAGAUCGCUCGCAUAAAGGGCCAUAGGAGUACCCAGAUCCAAUCCUUGUUAGGAUAUGCUGACAGUGAAUAUGUCGCCCUACGAGAGAAUAUCUCUUUCUUCCCCCCUGGUAAUAAAUGAAAAUAAAAAAGUCUUGUGAAACAGACGUACAUAGGGAACUUGGAU